GAUACAGUGACCUAACAGAGACGGCCCCGCACUUGUUGCACCCUGGAACUGUUAUCAGCACCACGGGUUCAUUUUUUUCCCUUUCUCCUUUGGUAGCCUGGCUCCUCUCUUUGUGGGUGGGAGCUCUGCCACGGAAGAUCUUCCCCAGCUGGGAAACUAGAAUGUUUUAGAAAGCUUCGGUGGGAGCUAUUGAGGAAGGAGGGAGAGAGAGCGCAUCCAGGUGUUGUUGAAGUGGCCACCUCUCAGGAUACGGGCAGUGGCUCCUGCCUAUGACAACAUGACUGACUCGGCUUCUGCUAACGGGGACAGCAAGGACCCUGAAAUUGAGCUCUUCGUGAAGGCUGGAUCAGAUGGCGAAAGCAUUGGGAACUGCCCGUUCUCUCAGCGUCUCUUCAUGAUCCUGUGGUUGAAAGGGGUUGUGUUCAAUGUCACCACUGUGGACCUGAAAAGAAAGCCAGCUGAUCUGCACAACCUGGCCCCUGGGACCCAUCCACCAUUUCUGACAUUCAAUGGGGAUGUUAAGACAGACGUCAACAAGAUUGAAGAGUUCUUGGAGGAGACCUUGACCCCGCAAAAGUACCCCAAAUUGGCUGCUAAACACAGAGAAUCCAACACAGCUGGGAUUGACAUCUUCUCCAAGUUCUCUGCAUACAUUAAGAACACAAAGCCACAAAAUAAUGCCUCUCUUGAAAGAGGCUUGACAAAGGCAUUGAAGAAACUGGAUGAUUACCUGAAAGCACCCCUGCCUGAGGAGAUAGAUGCUAAUACUUGUGGAGAUGACGAGAAGAUUUCCAGGCGCAGGUUUCUAGAUGGAGAGGAGCUGACCCUUGCUGACUGCAAUCUGCUACCCAAACUCCAUGUGGUCAAGAUCGUAGCCAAGAAAUACCGCAACUAUGAGAUCCCCGCGGAGAUGACGGGUCUAUGGCGGUACCUCAAGAAUGCCUAUGCACGAGAUGAAUUCACCAACACCUGUGCAGCUGACAGUGAAAUUGAGAUGGCUUAUGCUGAUGUAGCCAAGCGACUCAGCAAAUCUUGAACUCUCCCUCAUCCUGUCUUGUCUCUGCGGCAAAAGAACUUAUUCUCCACCAAAGACCCCUGCUUCACAGACUAUUCUUCCCUAUUGCCUUGGGAAAUUUUAUUAUUAUUUUUUGCAUUACCAAGUCUUGCUGAUGUCACCAUAACAUCAGCAUCUGUCUUUCAGCAUCUGGCCUUGCCCAUUGGGGAAAUUGAAGGGCAGAGGUGCAUCAGUUAGUCUCUUCAAGCACUGGUCUGAUCUUGGUUUAGUCCAAGUGCAUGAAGCCCUCUCACACUUGGAAUUGUUUAGCUGGCUAUUCCGCCAACAUCUCAAACCAUGUUCUUGAGUGGAUUAGGAACAUGUAACCAACACUGACACUUCUUCUCCCUUUUUUGUUGACCCCAGUGACUGAGGAUGUGAGCCACUUUUAAGUAGAUCUUGUCAGAGGCAGUAAUUUUGCCUUGGCAUGAGAGCUAGAAGGUAUGUGACAAGGAUGAGGGUGGGUGGAUUGUUGGAUUCUGGCAGAUACAUUUUCAGCCAGAGUCUUUUGGCAACCCCCUUGCCAGUGAGUCCUAGAUAAAGAGAAAACUGAAUACUACUUAGUCACUGGUACAGCUGGCUCAGCUGCUACCUUUGGUGCUGGUAAUGUUGUUAUAAUGCUGCCCAACAGUAAUUAAUCUAAACUUUCACUUAUCUCAAACUAUGGUGGGAAAGAGGGUGAACACACAAUUUUCAAAUGAUGUACUUGCAGGCCAAGGGAAAAGUAGGUAACCCAGAGGGAGAAGAGGGCAAAGGGGUGGAGCAAUGUUGAUGCCAAAAGGCCCGCUGGGUCUGCCUGCCAGUGGGGAAUGCUUGAGCACUGAUAUUUGCUUGCCACUGGGUUGGGUAUAUUUAUCAAUGUAUAUGUUUUAUCCAUGAGGAGGGGAGAAAAAUCAGUUCUCUGUGGGGCUAAAGUGCUGAAAUCGGCCAGGCAGGUGUUCUCUCUUUUUCUCCAGGUCUUGGGAUGAUGUAUAUCUCAUUACCACCAACCUUCCACCCAAAGAACUAAGAAAUGGCCAAAAGAUUUCCCUUCAGUUCCUCCUAGUUUUCCUUGCCUACUGACUUUCUCAGAUGAGUCCAUCCAGUUGCUUCUGCAUGAUUCAUUUAUAUGAGUAACUGCGUGAGAAUUACCAUUGGUCUAUGGCUUGAAUACUGAGCAUCUUAAGGAGAAAUUCCUUGAGAUUUUCUUGUUGAGGGAGCUGUGUGUUUUGAACUCGAGUUCAACAUGGUUUAUAUCCUAUUUGGAGGAAUAUGCCAACACAUCCAAGUCAUAUUUCCUACCUUAAAUGUUCUUUACCAGUUAUAAACAGGUGGCUGACAACAGAGCUCUAAAUAAGGCAGGGUGACCAAAGCUUAGUCUGUGGGCACCAAACUUUAGAGGGUGCCAAAAGUACCAUCUCAUAGUACUCUUCCUUUUCCUCUUAUAUGAGCUGCUCCUUCAUCUGUCUCAACCUUAGUGAUGGUGGCCUUGCUUUGGGAUGUUCUUCUUUCCCUCACUGGCCACUCCUGAGGCCAGCUAUUCCACCUUUCUUUGAUUUCUGAUCUUGCUCCCUGCCCCUCCCUCCAUUUUUCCCUGCAAAAAAAUUCCUUGUUAUGGCUCUGACCACCAUUUUGCCUGCUGGUUUUGCCUCUAUCACUUUUCCUUUGUAACAGAAGGAUUCUGUGAAAAGGGAGCUUAAAAAAAUGAACUGACCACCAGCUGUGUCUCCCAAUGAAUUCAUUGUGAGGAACACUAUGUUAGGGCAGGGACCAGACUCAAUAAUACUUCCCUGUUUAUCUCCUACUGGAAGAGCGAGCAGGUUUAAGAGCACCUCAAAAUCACUAAAUUUGAUUUAACAUUUCCCACAAUGGUCAAGAAAGAGAGGUAUUGGUCUCUUCAUGAGAACAGCACCAAAUCCUGGCAACAGAGAGGAGAAUCUCCUUUUCCCCUGGGAUUUUGGAGGGGGAAGUGACACCUUGACCAGAAGACAGAGAGGGGAAAGGACAUACCUUAAUUCUCAAUAUUUUGCCUCUUGCCUGUAGGAGGAAAUGACUCAGUGAAACUUUUAUAAGCCCUGGCGGGUGGAGGGAAAGCGGGGUUGAAAAUAUAGAAUGAGCCGAUUCAGUUCUCCAUCUCAAAGAACCUUUCCACAGGCUCCAUGGAAACCCUGCUACUUGAGAUGUUUAAACAUGAGACCUGAUGAGGAAAUCAACCAUUUUUACUGUAGGAAAGCAUCCUGAAUUGGGCCCUGGAGGCUGAUGACCUGAAUGGUCCCAGAGGUCUUUUAAUUAGUGUGAAAUCCUGUCUUGCUCAGAAAUGCUUCCUUGGCCCUAUAGAACAAACUAGAUGACCUGGAAAAGACUUUACGUUUCUCAUUUCUAUGAGUCUCCACACCCUCACCCUUCUUUCCCUUAAAACAUAUUUGGUAGUAUACACAGGGACCUACUGUCAGCUCCAAGGCAGGGCAGCUUUAGUGAGAGUUUUAAAUGGAAUGCAAUUAACUCUAAUGGAUACCCCCAAAGCCAAUAGUGAGAGAGUCUCUUAAAAUGGCAUCCUUGGAGCCAGCUAUGAUCUUGAUGCCUGAGGUAACCCCAUGUAUAAUAACCAUGUACAAUGUUGACAUAAAGAAUGGCACUUUUGAAAGAUACCCAGUUUAGAUAUACGUUUUUUGGUCUCCAGAAUAGAUAAUUAUAGUUAACAUAUUUGAUUAAUGUUCAUGUUUUUAAUAAUAUCUUAAGACUGGAUUGAUUGGAGCAAUUGAAAAUCAGCAAGGUAUAGUGGAAGCCCUGAGCUGAGAGUCAGAAGAUCUGGAUUUUCAUGUUGGUUUGACUUCUGAGUCAUUAGGUAGCCUUGAAAAACUUAUUUUCCCUCUUUAGGCUUCACGUUCCUCCCCUGUUAAAUGAGAUCAGGUGACCUUCACUUUCUUCAACACAUUGACCUUCUGUUGUUCUAAUCACACUUGUAAUAACAUUACUGCCUGCUCAUAUUUUUGAAAAUCCUUGCAUUCUCCUCUAGAAAUUUGCUGGUAGAUGUGGUGAUUAUCAUACAUACUAUCUGCUCACUAUACAAUCCUAGUGAGAGAUUGGACCAGCUCUAGAUCUAUGUUCCUAUGAACUAAGUUUCUGGAAUGAAUUAGAGUUAUUAAGGAGAGGAAGGCAAAAAGGAAUUAGGCAGCUCAAGGAAAAAAUGUUAACAACUUAAGUGACCCAUGAUAAGAGAAAUGGGAGCAUCCUUAGUCAAGUCUGCAUUGACCCAUACCAAUUUCCUGAUGAAUGCCUCUGUGAGACAACUUUUCUAUUUUCUGUAGGUAAUGCCCCCUCUUAAUGAGAGUAAAUCCAAGAUAAUACUUUUUGGACAGGUACAACAUUAAUCCCAUGAUUAUAAUAGAGCUAAGAAACUGUUUCCCAAAGGUUCAUUUCUUCACUUAUGUUGUUUGACAUUGCUUCUUUUCAUUAUUAUUUUAAAGUCCCUCUGUUCUCUCUGAAGUGAUCUUUUCUGAUGGUGAGAGAAUUUGUUUCUAACUCACGUGACCUUUUAAACCAUUCUAUGUGCAAGGAAGAAAAAGGCAGAACAACCUUAGACCUAUUUGGCUUCUGAGUUCAAGUCCCAUAACUAUGGUACCCUCUUAAUAAAUGAAAGAAAUAAAAAAUUUAAUAUUUCCCUUAGCCCUUCCAGGAUUGUUCCAAUUCAAGUUCAUAUUCCUAUCAGAGGACUAUUACAUAUAAAGUUGAUACUAGAUGUGUUUAAAGAAGGCUGAAGCCUUCUUCCAUGGCAGAAACUUCAUCUUCCUAAAUGAAUAUGGGGUUGAUUUUUUUUUUAACAGCCCUGUUGGUGAAACCUAGUCUUAAGGAGACAAGAGUCUAAGAUCUGGUUUUAAGCAAGUUCUCUUGAUAUAGGCUAUGCCAGCAUUUAAGAAAGGAGCUGUCCAAUAGAGAUGUUUGCAUAUCCCUCCUUUCCCUCUGUCCUGAGCCUCUGACAGACCCACCUAAAUCUAUGGAUUGAGUUAGUAUUUCUCUUUUUCACAAGAAGGAGCAUUUUGUUUGCAGACACACUCCAAGAGAAAGUCACCUGAUUCUCACUAAAACUUUAACUAUGGUGAUAAAAUAACAGGACUUGCUGUGAAACCACAAUAAAUGUAAAGUGCUUUUUAAAUGAAGAAAAAAAAAGUUUUUUUUUUCCUCCUCA